ACACUCAGGACGGUCGCUUGCACCACAAUCAAUUGUGACGCCCCUACGAUCUCCUACCGACACGCCCCGGCUACGUUGAGGCUAUCUCUCACGAUCACGAAGCCUUCCACUGCUCACAUUCUUGGGUCGCUUGUCCCUCCUUUGUAGCAACUAGGCAUGGCUACCGACGCUUUUGAUGGCGCGUUUAUGAGCGCCGCUGUCCCUUACGGUAUGCUCGAUUGCUAUGCCGACGACGAGCAAGGCACUGCCUCUGGGUCUAUCGGUAACAAUGACACUGAUGGCGAAGCCGCGGCCGACACUGCUGGCAUUGCUGUGUGCGACGAAGUCAAUGGGGGUCUUGCUCCUCACAGUCAGGACCACGUCGUCGCCGGCCUCCGACAGGAGAUUGCCGAACUCCAAGCACUCCUCUAUGCGCGAAGCGGCGGAACUCUCCCAACGAACGACCUUGGUACGCCCCAAUACAAUGACUUCCAGCACUCUGAGAACGAAUAUCUUGUCACUGGCUCGGAGUUGGAUUUCCAAUCUGAGGGCCCAAUCCAGGCGACUGUGUCUAUGGGCGAUCUGGAACUAUCGAACUAUGACCGCGCUUUCGAGUAUUCUCUUGCAAACUCCUCGCCUGUGUCUUCUAUCAACGACGGACAGUUUCCACUUCCUAACUAUCCUGACCCAUUUUUGGACCAACCUUCCCCGUACCCAUCUUUGUCGGGUCUGCAUGCCUCGAGCUACACCCCAUUGGACAUGGCCGGCCAACAAGACGACUCUUCAGGAGUUCAGUCUCCAGCUUCCAUGCGCACCCCUCUAGACAGUCUCGGUCGACAUCACGCAUAUUCGGAGGGCCUGUCUCCAGCUUCCAUGUGCACCCCUCUGGACAGUCUCGGCCAACAUCACGAUUCUUCGGAGAGCACGUCUCCAGCCUCGAAGAAGACCAAGAAGAAGCCAAAGAGCCAACCCUCCAAGACUCCCGCAACCCGAAAAUCACGAGCUUCAGGCACAAAGUCUACCCCCAAGUCCAGGCGUAAGCGUUCGUCUACAUUGGACAAAGAGGCUACCCCUAAAGCUCCUACUACACCCUCUCCUGUAUACGACCACCUCUCUCCUCAAAUCGACGCAGACGGCCUCACUACACCUGAUGCAAGUGACGAUGCGACUGUGCAAGACACACCACGGAAAUCAACAAAGAGGCGUACACGCCAGUCCAAUGACUCUCAAAGUUCAUCUCCAACAAAGCGCACCCGUAAGACAGAGAGCAGGGCCCUCCCGCCCUUUCACGAGGUGAAUCAUCUCCUGCCCAACAGACCUAUGGGUACCAUCGCCCAGCUUUGGAGCAACGAACUCUCCGAGGAGCAGCGUGUCUUCAAUCAAGCUGCCUUGUUGACUACGGAUCCGGAGACCAGGGGUCGUCCUUUGGCAGAUCUCAUGCACGAGCAGUUCCAGGAUCUUUCUCCGGGAGAGAAGGCUCGACUGCUGUUGCCUAUCCUGAACGGUAUGGAUCCCCUUGAGGAGGACGAAACAGACGAGGAAGCUAGGGACCUCAGUGAGAAGCUCGGGAUCGGCUACGGAGCUGCUCGGGAGCGCAUCGCGUGUAUGAAAGCGCAUAGGAAGACAAUGAGCGAGGAGGCUGCUCAGUGGGAGAAGGUGAUCAUGGAGGAACAGCAUUGA